UUAAUGAUUUCUCUUUAGGAAUUUUUCAAAUAGAAACUAAUUGCAGAGUUUCCAGUUGACCAGCAUUCAUAGGAAUGAAGACAAACACAGAGAUGGUGUGUCUAAGAAAUUUCAAAAGGUGUAGACCUCCUGACUGAAGCAUAUUCAACUUUUUUAAAUUUAUUUAUUUUUAUUAUAUUUCUGUACUCCUACAAGUGAAAGUCAUGAUUACACUAACAGAGCUAAAAUGUUUAGCAGAUGCCCAGUCAUCUUAUCACAUCUUAAAACCAUGGUGGGAUGUCUUCUGGUAUUACAUCACCCUGAUCAUGCUGCUGGUGGCCGUGCUGGCUGGAGCGCUCCAGCUCACACAGAGCAGGGUUUUGUGCUGUCUUCCGUGUAAGGUAGAAUUUGACAAUCAUUGUGCCGUGCCUUGGGACAUCCUGAAAGCAAGCAUGAAUAUGUCCUCUGAACGUGCAGCCCUGCCCCUGCUCCCCCUGAGAAUCCAGAAUGACCUCCAUCGGCAGCAGUACUCCUACAUCGAUGCCGUCUGUUAUGAGAAACAGCUCCAUUGGUUCGCCAAGUUCUUCCCUUACCUGGUGCUCCUGCACACACUCAUCUUUGCAGCCUGCAGCAACUUUUGGCUUCACUAUCCCAGUACCAGUUCCAGGCUUGAGCAUUUUGUGGCCAUUCUUCACAAGUGCUUUGAUUCCCCAUGGACCACCCGCGCCCUAUCGGAAACAGUAGCCGAGCAGUCAGUGAGGCCCCUGACAAUCUCCAAGUCCAAGGUUUUGCUUUCAUCCUCAGGGUGUUCAGCCGACAUUGAUUCCAACAAGCAGUCAUUGCCCUACCCACAGCCGGGCUUGGAGUCAGCUGGCAUAGAAAGCCCAACCUCCAGUGUCCUCGACAAGAAGGAGGGGGAACAGGCCAAAGCCAUCUUUGAAAAAGUGAAAAGAUUCCGCAUGCAUGUGGAGCAGAAAGAUAUCAUUUAUAGAGUGUAUCUGAAGCAGAUAAUAGUCAAGGUCAUUUUGUUUGCUCUAAUCAUAACUUAUGUUCCCUAUUUUUUAACCUAUAUCACUCUUGAAAUCGACUGUUCCAUUGAUGUACAGGCUUUUACAGGAUAUAAGCGCUACCAGUGUGUCUACUCCUUGGCAGAAAUAUUUAAAGUCCUGGCUUCAUUUUAUGUCAUUUUGGUUAUACUUUAUGGUCUUACCUCCUCCUACAGCUUGUGGUGGAUGCUGCGGAGUUCCCUGAAGCAGUAUUCCUUUGAGGCAUUAAGAGAAAAAAGCAACUACAGUGAUAUUCCUGACGUCAAGAAUGAUUUUGCCUUCAUCUUGCAUUUGGCUGAUCAGUAUGAUCCUCUUUAUUCCAAACGCUUCUCCAUAUUCUUGUCAGAGGUCAGUGAGAACAAACUGAAACAGAUCAACCUCAAUAAUGAAUGGACAGUUGAGAAACUGAAAAGUAAGCUUGUGAAAAAUUCCCAGGACAAGAUAGAACUGCAUCUUUUCAUGCUCAGCGGUCUCCCAGACAAUGUCUUUGAGCUCACUGAAAUCGAAGUGCUAAGCCUGGAACUUAUCCCUGAGGUCAAGCUGCCCUCCACAAUCUCUCAGCUGAUCAACCUCAAGGAGCUUCAUGUGUACCAUUCCUCUCUGGUGGUAGACCAUCCUGCACUGGCCUUUCUAGAGGAGAAUUUAAAAAUCUUACGCCUGAAAUUUACUGAAAUGGGAAAAAUCCCACGCUGGGUGUUUCACCUGAAGAAUCUUAAGGAACUUUAUCUGUCAGGCUGUGUCCUGCCUGAGCACUUGAGCACCAUGCAGAUGGAGGGCUUUCAGGACUUAAAAAACCUAAGGACUCUCUAUUUGAAGAGCAGCCUCUCCCGGAUCCCACAAGUUGUGACAGACCUCCUGCCUUCUCUGCAGAAGUUGUCCCUCGAUAACGAGGGAAGCAAACUGGUUGUGUUGAACAACUUGAAAAAGAUGGUCAAUCUGAAAAGCCUAGAGCUAAUCAGCUGUGACCUAGAACGCAUUCCACACUCCAUUUUCAGCCUGAACAAUUUGCAUGAGUUAGACCUAAAAGAAAAUAACCUGAAAACUGUGGAGGAGAUCAUUAGCUUUCAGCAUCUCCAAAAUCUUUCCUGCUUGAAGUUGUGGCAUAAUAACAUUGCUUAUAUUCCUGCCCAAAUUGGGGCAUUAUCUAACCUAGAGCAGCUCUCUUUGGACCAUAAUAAUAUUGAGAAUCUGCCCCUGCAGCUUUUCCUAUGCACCAAACUACAUUAUUUGGAUCUAAGCUAUAACCACCUGACCUUCAUUCCAGAAGAAAUCCAGUAUCUGAGUAAUUUGCAGUACUUUGCUGUGACCAACAACAAUAUUGAGAUGCUACCAGAUGGGCUGUUUCAAUGCAAAAAGCUGCAGUGUUUACUAUUGGGGAAAAACAGCCUCAUGAGUUUGUCCCCUCACGUGGGUGAGCUAUCGAACCUUACCCAUCUGGAGCUCACUGGGAAUUACCUGGAAACACUUCCUCCUGAGCUGGAAGGCUGUCAGUCCCUGAAACGGAGCUGUCUGAUCGUCGAAGAGAAUUUGCUUAACACUCUGCCUUUCCCUGUAACAGAACGCUUGCAGACGUGCUUAGAUAAAUGUUGACGUAGAGAGAAGAGACACAGUGUCUCAAAGUCAUCUUUAAAA